GUCACGGCAAAUCGAAUGAAAACACAGCAUUUGUACAUCCCAGCAAAACAACCAACCAUUCACAGUGCUGACACAAUCCCGUAGUCGAGAGGAUUAUUUUGCAGAAUAAUAGUGCACGAUAGCUAUAAUAUUCCAGCACCGGAGCAAAUGUCAAAACAAAAAUAAUUUAAUUUGAAACCAAAAUGACGCCGGACACGGAACCAGUUUUGCAAUCUCCUGGUUACUAUUCUGAAUUCAACGUUUCCGAUUGGCAGCCAAUCACUCUCACUUUGGUGGAAUACCCGAAAGGUGACCUGAUCGGAAAGCUACUGGCAUGGAUGUGCUUGGCACCGCUGGGAAUAGGGGCCGGCUUCGUGGCGCUCAUACUAUUUCGACGAGAUUUGCACACCAUUGUGUUUUUUAUCGGUACACUUUUGAACGAGUGUAUUAAUGCCCUGCUUAAACACUGCAUAAAAGAGCCCAGACCGGUGAGUCGCUCCCAAAUCUGGAACGAGUACGGGAUGCCCUCUAGUCAUUCACAGUUCAUGUGCUUUUUCGCACAGUACGUACUCCUGUUCAUAUUCAUAAGACUACACCACAUGAACAAUAACAACGCCAGGGCGGAACGUUUAGUGCGACUGUUCGUACUCGCAGUCUGCUGGGCCGCCACUUUCCUCGUUUGCUUCGGCCGGAUAUACCUGCAGUAUCACAGCCUGCAGCAGGUGCUAGUGGGCGCUCUAGUCGGGAUGAUCUUCGGAACGUUAUGGUUCAUUCUGAUACACUAUUUCCUGACGCCAUACUUUCCGAUGGUGGUCUCGUGGCGGGUAUCGGAGCUCCUGCUGUUGCGAGAUACGACACUCAUCCCAAACGUUCUGUGGUUCGAGUAUACCGUCACGCGACAGGAGGCUCGCGCUCGAGGCCGCAAAUUGGUCAGCAUGAAGUCUCAGUGACGUUUCUGGCUGCCCUGACCGAACUGUUACUUCCGGGGUUACGUCAAAUAGCAUCUAGGUUUGACCAGAUUGAUUAACUGAACACAUAAACACAUAAGUCAAAGACCGCGGCAGCGCCACAGUUGCAAAUAUUACCACUCACAAACAUAUAUAGGUUCAAGCAUAAAUCCGUCAGGAAUCACCGCAUUACACCAUUUGGUGCACGCGAGUCUUGUAGAUCGAAGCAAAAAGUAGACGCACAGUAAACUAGCUUAACAAAGAGAGGACUGUUAUAAAAUUAAUUCAUAGUGGAGUUUUUAAUUAUUUCCGUUGUAUCUCGGAAAACUCGAUGACACUAUUUUUAUUGCGAAUUAUACGAUUAUCACUGAGUUGAUCGCUUUGCAAAUUAUCGCAAUACAUUCCUCAUAUAUAUGACUGAGUUUUGUUUUUCCUCCUAUCUAUAAGAUAUACUUCAAGUGCAGGUACCAUGAACUGUUAAAUAAGCAGCAUAGGAAUGCGGAAUGUAAUCGUCAUUGAAGCGAAACAUUAAAAUAACAUCGAAAAUACACCGGAUUUAUGCACGUUUUUGAGGCACUUAGAGUUCGAAUCGAAGUUUCAGCAUUUGAGUUAGACGCGACGAUUUUCUUUUCCAAACGAUUACAAUUAGUUGUUCACUCUAAAACAUAUUUCGCCAGUGAUGAAGCGGACAUGACACAUAUGAUGGAAAAAAGCAUCUUCGCGAAAAACGCCUCCUCAUCAACGUAAACGUAUUACGCAGUUUGUUCACACCGAAAUAAAAAAAACACAUACUCCGAUGGAACUAAAUCUGGUCAACUUUUGUAGAACUGCUGUUCAGUUAUACUCAGCAGACAGAUUACUGCGGGAAUUUCAUUCACCAACGAAUGAAAUGAAUCGAUAGAAGAAACCUUAAGAGAAUGUCACUACCGUAGACCAGUUUUCUCAGUGUGAGAAAACUUAAUCGUAAUGAUUGUAUUAGUUAAUAAUUGUAGUUGUAAUUUUUAAGAUGUACUAAAUAAACAAUAAGACACACCAUUGAUUGAGAAAAUAAACCGAUGUGAUUUGUUGACAGAUAUCUGAUAUAUCAA